UCGUCACUGCUGUUAGCUAUGUUAAGGUUAAUAAAGUAAAUUACCUGCUAUCCAGAGUCCUGCCUACACCUUGCCAACACCUGAUUUGAAACAGAGGCAAUAGAGACAGGCAAGUGAAUUAACAGGAGCAGCAAGUUUUAUUCUAGAAUAUUUUCUGUAAACCUAAUGAUAAGUGAAUAGCUCUUAAAUUCAAUAUUGCAGAAAGACUCAUAAAAAACAAGUCAGAUGCAACUAAGAGCAAAUCACUGGCAUUUUUGUAAUAGCUAACACAGAAGCAAAGUGAGAAAAGGCAGACCAUCUGUAAUUUCCAUAGAAAACGGUACUCCUGUAGUUUGGAUGACAAAGUUCUCCUCUCCAAUUCUUUGAAGCAACCUUGCUAGUCUUUUUUUUUAAAAGGAAAGGGUUCUGUAUUAGUUAUUCACAAGUGAAAGUUGAAAACUGGAUGUCAGAAAGUAUUUUGCAUUUCUUUGCCAGAAAAAUGGUGACAACCUUCCCCUCCCCCCAAAAGCAGAAGACUUUUGCCUCUACUAGAGUCUCUUUCCUUUUCCACCUCUGACAAACUUCAUCCAGUAUCUCACCUUGUCCUCUUCUUUUUAUUCUUUUUCCAUCACAUAUAUAUAAAAGUAAUUAAACCGUGUCAGAGGGAAGUCAGGAGUCCAAAAGGGACACUGCUGACUUAGGAGAUUGCUGCUGUUGCUGCUACUAGACUUGGCGACUUGCUGGCAUCCUUCAAUUUUUGGACUACAUCUCCAAGAAUUCCUGGUAGUCAACUGAAUUGAGUGAGGCUGAUGAAGUUCAAGAACGAGCACAGCAGGUCGCCUAUUCUUGACAAAGAAAGUUAAAAAGGUGGAUCCAAAGAUGGUAAUGCAUAGUUACAAGAGAGCUGCCUGACAAUAGUAUGUCAGAAAAUGACCAUUUAUUACAAUAUUUGAUUGAUGGUCUUCCCGUUUAAAGACAUAAAUCCCUCCACCGAUUUUAAGCGCUUGAAUGCAAGAAAGGGACAAAUUCCCAGCGCUUCCGCCCGUAUCAACCUCAACCACGAACGCAUGCGCAGUAGACAGCGAAGUCAGCGGUGCUCCAUUCUCUUCAUUCGUAGUCGGACUCUUUUCGGCGAGGGAAUUGCGGUCCUUUCAAAAUAGGUUCCCCGCCGUUCGCUGGAGCGGCUUUUGAUACUGGUUUACGGUUGUUUCCUCGGCGGAGCAUAAAAUGUCGGGGUUCAGCCCCGAGUUAAUUGAGUAUCUGGAAGGGAAAAUCUCUUUCGAGGAGUUCGAGCGUCGCCGGGAGGAGCGUAAAAGCUGCGAAAGGAAGGGACAAAAUGUACUCACUGAAGAAAAUGCAGAAGACUUUGACGGCCCCUCUACUUCUGGGCAAGGAAUGUCUACUGAAAUACAAGGACAUAUGGAAGCAGAAGAAGAGAUAUCAGAUGGUAUCAGUAAAUCUGUCCAUCGAGUUUUUGCUUCCAUGAUGGGAGAGAAUGAUGAUGAAGAAGAAGAAGAGGAGGAAGAUGAGGAGAUCUCUGAGCAACCUACAGCUGGCGAUGUUUUUGCACUAGAGAUGGUGCUUAAUAGAGAGACUAAGAAAAUGAUGAAGGAAAAACGUCCGCGCAGUAAAUUGCCACGUGCCCUGAGAGGUCUCAUGGGUGAAGCUAACAUUAGAUUUGCUCGAGGGGAACAUGAAGAAGCCAUUCUAAUGUGCAUGGAGAUCAUAAGACAAGCUCCACUUGCUUAUGAGCCAUUCUCCACUCUUGCUAUGAUUUAUGAAGAUCAAGGAGAUAUGGAAAAAUCUUUGCAAUUUGAACUGAUUGCUGCUCACUUAAAUCCCAGUGACACAGAGGAGUGGGUCAGGCUAGCUGAAAUGUCACUUGAGCAGGACAAUAUUAAACAGGCUGUCUUUUGCUAUUCAAAAGCUCUGAAGUAUGAUGCUACUAACGUGCGUUAUUUGUGGGAGAGAUCAAAUCUCUACAAACAGUUAGGGGAACACAAACUGGCAAUGGAUGGCUACAGACGCAUUUUAAAUCUUCUGACUCCUUUUGAUGGUGAACGCUUUAUGCUUUUGGCGAGAGAUAUGGCCAAAAGUUAUUAUGAAGCAAAUGAUAUCACUGCUGCUAUUGAGAUAAUGGAAGAAGCUUUUACGAAACAUCAAAGCCUUGUAUCCAUGGAAGACGUUAAUAUAGCUGCUGAGCUGUAUAUUUCCAACAAGCAGUAUGAUAAAGCAUUAGCAGUUAUUACAGAUUGUUCAGGAAUUGUACUUGAAAAGCAAGAAGCAGAAAAAGAUUCUUCAGCAGAUAAAAAAGAAGCAAUGGAAAGUCAGGAAGAUCCAGGAACAACAAUUGAUGAGCAAGAAUUUGUGCCUGGGACCAAUUCUGCAUCUUCAGAAAAAAUUACAUGCGCUAUACCUGAUGGUGUUCCCAUUGAUAUCACUGUGAAACUCAUGGUGUGUUUGAUUCACCUGAAUAUCUUGGAGCCUCUCAAUUUUCUUUUGACAAUCUUAGUGGAGCAGAAUCCUGAAGAUAUGGGAGAUUUGUACCUUGAUGUUGCAGAAGCAUUUCUUGAUGUUGGGGAAUACAAUUCGGCCCUCCCCCUCCUGAGUUCUCUGGUGUGCUCUGAACGAUACAAUUUAGCUGUUGUUUGGCUCCGACAUGCAGAAUGCUUGAAAGCGCUGGGCUAUAUAGAUCGUGCUGCAGAGAGUUAUGCCAAAGUGGUUGAUCUUACUCCUUUGCAUCUGGAUGCAAGGAUCUCUCUCUCUACCCUACAACAGCAAUUGGGCCGGCCUGAGAAAGCUCUAGAAGCACUUGAGCCCAUGUAUGAUCCAGAUACCCUGGCACAGGAUGCCAAUGCUGCUCAGCAAGAAUUAAAAUUGCUGCUUCAUCGAUCAACAUUGCUGUUCUCUCAGGGCAACAUGUAUGGUUAUGUAGAUUCUUUGCUCACCAUGUUAGCCAUGCUGUUAAAGGUAGCCAUGAAUAGAGCUCAGGUAUGUUUAAUAUCUAGCUCAAAAUCGGGAGAAAGACAUCUCUAUCUUAUAAAAGUUUCAAGAGAUAAAAUCUCUGAUAAUGAUGACCAAGAAACAACAAAGAAAGCAAUAUUUUUGGUGCUUACAAGUGUUCUGACAAAAGAGGAUUGGUGGAACCUUCUCCUUAAGGCAAUCUAUGCAUUGUGUGACCUUGCGCGAUACAAGGAGGCAGAACUGCUAGUGGACUCCUCCCUGGAAUAUUAUUCAUUCUAUGAUGAUCGGCAGAAGCGCAAAGAACUGGAAUACUUUGGUCUCUCUGCAGCAGUUUUAGACAAGAAUUUUAGAAAAGCUUAUAAUUAUAUCAGGAUAAUGGUAAUGGAACAUGUCAAUAAGCCUCAGCUUUGGAAUAUCUUUAACCAAAUCACCAUGCAUUCCCAAGAUGUCCGGCACCAUCGCUUCUGUCUGCGAUUACUGUUGAAGAACCCAGACAAUCAUGCACUGUGCAUCUUAAAUGGCCACAAUGCUUUUGUAUCCGGUUGUUUCAAGCAUGCCCUUGGACAAUAUGUACAAGCAUUCCGUUCUAACUCAGAUGAACCCCUGUUUAGUCUUUGCAUAGGCUUGAUCUUCAUCCACAUGGCAUCUCAGAAAUAUGUGUUAAAAAGGCAUGCCCUCAUAAUACAGGGGUUUUCAUUCCUGCAACGUUACCUGAGCCUUCGUGGUUCUUGUCAAGAAUCUUAUUACAACUUAGGACGUGCCCUUCAUCAACUGGGAUUAGUACACCUUGCUAUUCACUAUUACAAAAAGGGCCUGGAAUUACCUCCAUUGGUCCUAGAGGGAAUAGAAGCUGACCAGACAGACUUACGAAGAGAUAUCGCUUUCAAUUUGUCGCUCAUUUAUCAGAGCAGUGGAAAUAUUCGAAUGGCUCGCAAACUGUUGUAUACAUAUGGAACUGUAUGAGGAUAAAAUUAUACACUUGGUCAGUGAGAUGAAUUCCUUUCCUUGAUUCUAAAGGAAAAGCUUGGAAGAGACUGAUGGAAGAAUGGUCAAGACAGACAUCACGAAUAGACUCCAGCCUUUGAAUUAUAUAAUUCAACACUCUGAUUCUCCUUAAAACUGAAUGAGAAAUACAAGACUUAAAACUUACUCGAUAGAGGAAAUCUAAGAAUUUUCUUGAUAAGAGUUGAAGGUUGAGCUGUUUUCCUCUGGGAAUCUUAAUCCUAACCGUCUAACCCAGGGGUGUCCAAAGUUUUUUUGGUGAGGGCCAAAUACAGAAAAAUAAGCAAAGGCACGGGCCACACCAUUGAACGGGGGGGGGGAGGGCUAAUUUUUUUUCGUACCAGUUCUGUGGGCGUGGUUUAUUUUGGGGUGUGGCUGAGGAACUCUGAGAAUUCAAGUCCACAAGUCUUAAAGAGACCAAGUUUGGACACCCCUGAUCUUGGCUUUUGUUUUGUAUUUGGUAUGAACUUGAAACUCCCUUCAUUAUUCCCUGCCCAAGGGGUGGAGGCGCGAGGAGCCUCGCCAGGCGGCCUGAGGAAGGCGAGGGUAGAACUGCUGGGGUCGGGCACGGCCAGCAGCCUCUUUCCCGCUCCCCACCGCCUCCUCCGCCCCCUCCCUUCGUUAUUCCCUGCCCAAGGGGUGGAGGUGCGAGGAGCCUUGCCAGGCGGCCCGAGGAAGGCGAGGGUAGAACUGCUGGGGUCGGGCACGGCCAGCAGCCUCUUUCCCACUCACCGCCGCCUCCUCCGCCCCCUCCCUUUGUUAUUCCCUGCCCAAGGGGUGGAGGCGCGAGGAGCCUCGCCAAGCGGCCCGAGGAAGGCGAGGGUAGAACUGCUGGGGUCGGGCACGGCCAGCAGCCUCUUUCCCGCUCGCCGCCGCCUCCUCCGCCCCCUCCCUUCGUUAUUCCCUGCCCAAGGGGUGGAGGCGCGAGGAGCCUCGCCAAGCGGCCCGAGGAAGGCGAGGGUAGAACUGCUGGGGUCGGGCAUGGCCAGUAGCCUCUUUCCCACUCGCCGCCGCCUCCUCCGCCCCCUCCCUUCGUUAUUCCCUGCCCAAGGGGUGGAGGCGCGAGGAGCCUCGCCAAGCGGCCCGAGGAAGGCGAGGGUAGAACUGCUGGGGUCGGGCACGGCCAGCAGCCUCUUUCCCGCUCGCCGCCGCCUCCUCCGCCCCCUCCCUUCGUUAUUCCCUGCCCAAGGGGUGGAGGCGCGAGGAGCCUCGCCAAGCGGCCCGAGGAAGGCGAGGGUAGAACUGCUGGGGUCGGGCACGGCCAGCAGCCUCUUUCCCGCUCGCCGCCUCCUCACCUGUUUCUCGAUGGCUGUCACUGCCGCCACGCGUGUCCGACAUGGGGAGGUGCGAGGAGCCUCGCCAGGCGGCCGAGGAAGGCGAGGGUAGAACUGCUGGGGUCAGGCACGGCCAGCAGCCUCUUUCGCGCUCGCCUCCUCCUCCGCCCCCUCCCUUCAUUAUUCCCCGCCCAUGGGGAGGAGCCACGAGCCUCGCAGCGAACCACCGGGCAAGUACUGGGAGGCGGCCGAAAAGGGCCAUAUUCAAUUAUACUUUCAGAAUUUGCUGCGGGCGAAUAAAAACUGACCCGCGGGCCGCAGUUGGCCCGCGGGCCGUAGUUUGGACACCCCUGGUCUAACCAAUGGCCAAUUUGAAUCUGUACAGGAAUCAAGAACAUUCAGAGCUUUUUGGUACACAAAACUUAUCCCAGAAAAGUAUUGGCUCUUACUUACCUUUACAAUACCCAAUGUUUAGGCCAAGGUUGGGAUUGUCGUGCCUCUUGUUCUAUUAGAGUAUGUGAUUGUUUACAAGAAUCGUGAAUUCUUAGCAACUUUUGCCUCUUCAUUUGGAAGAAAUGAACACUCAAAUUGUUAUGUGUGUUUUUCUUAUUUAAAAAGGAUACAGAAGAGAAACUGUUUUACUGUUUGUUAAUUUCAGGAUAUGGUAAUAAUAAAACAAAGGGCAAAAUCAG